AUGCAACACUAACCACAACUGCUUCGAAGACCUUUACCUCCAAAACUCCCUAAGCUGCCUUUAUAUAAGAAGAAAGUCCAAACAGCCAAGACUGGUAAAAGUAAGCCAGCAUGUGUAAAGUUCGCUCAAGAUGAAACCACUUCAGUUGAAACAGAUAAAACAAGUUUUCAUGAUGUUAUUUCAAGAAGUGAAUCACAAACCCCUACCAAUAUCCAAAAUGUCAUUCUUGAUCAUCAUGUACAAGAAAAAGUGACUGCUAUUUCAACAUCUAAAAAAUCUACUAAGACUGUCUACUGGCACAUUCCAGACACUGCUACUGGUUUCAUAUUUUUUCCAAGUUGUCAGUCAGCAUCAAAUAGAGUUUUUAGGAAAGAAACCAGUCAAAUGGAAAGUUCAAGAAAUUCAAAGGGAGAGCCAUCAAGAAUAAAACAUAUUUAUGCUGAUGUGCUAAAAAAUGCUCUGAUUGUCUCCUCAGAGUUCUCCAAAUCUUCAAGUGCCCCUUCCCUAGUUAUUUCUCCCAAACUCAAGAAAGAUUACUCUGAGUAUCCAUCUUUACCAAAAAGUAGGACCUAUACUUUUAACCAGCCUCUGAUCAGUUUAAGUACAAGAGUGUCAAGAUCUCUACCAAGAAAUACACCUGUUAAAGCAGAAAGAAAACGAUCUGACCAAAUACAAUGAAAUACUACAAUGGUACUAAAUAUUAGUAAUUUUCCAGGUACUAUUUCCAUACCAACACCAGUUUUACCAAGAAAACCUCCAAGACAGUCUGUGAUAGGUAAGUCCAUUCUGAACAUGGUCUCACAAUAUGAAAAUGUAGAAAGUGCCCCAAAGCAAAGGAUGCCAGGCCUACCUGAAGGUCUCAUUAAAUCUUUAGAAAGAGAGGACCCAGAGGGGCAUGUUCCAUAUGGUGAAGGUUUUAAGGCCGUUAGGGUGACGCGUGUGACAGCCAUAGCCGACUUGGCCAUAAUAAACUGUCAAAUACACGAAAGAAAUGCACUUAAUCUUAAGGGCUUUUUUAUCAUGAAUUAUCCAGACUUAACACCUUUGGCUUCCCAACUGAUGUAUCUUAACUUAUCAUUUGAUGAUAUCAGUGACUUUCCAACAGAAGUAAUUUGUCUUAAAAAUUUACAAGUACUGAUCCUGAGAAAUAAUCCUAUCAAAGAAAUCCCUUCUGAAAUUCAACAACUUAAGUUCCUUAGAAUUUUCAAUGUUGCCUUUAAUUUGAUCACUACUCUUCCACCUGGUAAGGUUGAAUUAUUUUCUUUGUUCUACCUUGAGGAACUUGACAUUUCCUAUAAUAAAAUUGCUUUUAUUCCAAAUGAAAUCUAGAAACUCAGAUUCCUCAAUAAAUUGGUUGUUGAUGAGAAUGAAUUGACUACUUUCCCAGCUGCAAUUUUGAAACUUAACGUGAAAAAAAUCCUAUUUGAGAAUAAUUUCAUCUAUCCUAUAUUUUGGAAAGAGAAUUCUUUAAAUAGUCCACAGUGUCUUACUCAAGUUACUUCUUUGUUCUUUUUAAAAAAUGAUCUACACAAAUACUAUGAUGUGAUCCCAGUGGAAAUGCAAAACUUACUAAUGUGCACAUCCAAAUGUGAAUGGUGUCAUGGUCCAAAGUUUGGUGAAGGAUUUUGUGUCAUCCAAUCCUGUGAUAUUUUUGGAGCAACUCAACUUCCUGUCAUGUUCCAUGUCUGUUCUUCUUCUUGUUAUAGAAAAGUAAAGGAAAGCACCUUUGUUUCAAACAGUAUUCCUAGUAAAAGAGUAGCUCUAAAUUAUGAGCUGAUAAAUCAUCUAUGA